AUGAAGCCGCACAAUCUAGUUUUCCAGGAAGGGGACGCUGUCGAGACCAUUAGAGAUAUCAGAGGAGUAACAGAAGCAGAAGGAAACCAUAGUUUCACCCUUGAGAUUAAUGGCUUUGUGUAUUCGAGGUAUCCACCGCCUUUAUUCACAAACCCAAAGGACUUUGGCGAUCCAGACCAUAUUCAAAAUAUCUUCUUGCCUGAAUGUGAGGCGAUCUUGAGAAACGAGAUUGAGGGAGUCGACCGGGUCUUUAUUUUCGAUUGGAAAAUAAGGAAGAAGAAAAGCGCGAAAGAGCAGCGAAAGAGGAACGAUAAUCUAUUGAGCUUUGCGCGACAAGUGCAUAUAGACACUUUACUCACCAAAGACGAGCCUGGAACCUCUAUGAUAGAGCGUAUUCGUAAUCAUCUCCCCGAAGAAGCCCACCACCUUCUCUCCGGUCGAGUACAAAUGAUAAACAUGUGGCGGCCAAUUAAUGGACCUGUCGAAGAUCAACCUCUUGCUGUGUGUGAUGGGAGAACUGUCGACAAAACUAAAUUGGUCGAAACGGAUAUGACCCGCGGUGACUAUACAGGCACGAUGCUUUAUCCACUUUAUAAGCCAGGGAAUAUUCGCCAAUGGUACUAUUUAAGCAGACAAGCCGUCGAAGAUGUACUGCUGUUUAAGAGUUUUGACUCGAAAACGGGUAGUGUGGAACGUGAGUGA